UCAGACGCCGCGGGAUCAAAGCCGGCUCGCGCCCGCCCUGGGCGGUCCCAGACCCCUGGGAGCUGCUGGCCGGGGCGGGGGAGCGGAGCGGGGGAUAAAAGGCCCCGGGAGGCGCCGGGCGGCCGCGCUGAGCCGCAGCCGCGGGACUGGACGGGGCGCAGGGACCCCGGCAAGAGAAUGAGCCGGGCUGGCCCCGCACCCGGCCCGCGCCUCUUCUUCCCCGACGGAGACUCCGGCCGCUGCCCGCCGCCCGCCCGAGGCGCCCCCCUGGCCCGCCGGCCCGAGCCCCAAGCAGGUCGGUGUCCAGAGCAGAGAGCACCGGGGACGGGGCAGCCUGGGGCCGGGGGAGGCUCGCGGGGGCCAGGGCUGGGGGCUGAGCUCUGCCCGUCUCCCCUGCCCGCAGGGAGCCGCCCGAAGCCGGAGCGGGGCGCGGGGGGCUGCCCGGCGGGGCCCAGGAGGAGGAAGCGAACCACGUUCAGCCGGGGGCAGCUGUGCGAGCUGGAGCGGGUGUUCGCCGCGCUGCCCUACCCCGACAUCGGCACCCGCGAGCGCCUGGCCGAGCUCACCCACCUGCCCGAGGCCAAGAUCCAGGUCUGGUUCCAGAACCGCCGCGCCCGGAGGAUCAAGAGCGGGAAGCUGGAGCAGCCGAGCUGCCGGAGGGCUCUGGCCAGUAAACCGCCCCCCUCCUGCCCCCCACCGCCCCAGGGACAAGGGGCCAGAAGCCAACAGGUGUCCGAGCUCCGCCUGCCCGGCAGCUCCCCGCAGCAGUGCCUGGGCCAAGCGCUGCCGGGCCUGGUCUCUGCCUUCCAGGGGCAGCUCCUGUGGGAGGACAGCUGCCAGCCCCCCUGCAGCCAGGCGGGAGCCCAGUGGCCUGUGGCUACCCCCGGCCAGGCGGGGCCGCAGGGAGCGGACCCCACGGCCGGUGAGGGGCUCUCCUAUUGGGAUGUGUUCCCUGCGCAGACCUCCCUCGGGUACAUCUCCGACCUCAUCUAUAACGCGGCCAUCAUCACCAACCUGGGCGAGCCCUAGGCCUGGCCCCGGCCAAGGCGGGGGCCGCAGUUGUUGCUGGGGGGCAGCCGUCAGGCCUGGCGCCUAGAGCUCCCCUGGAGCAGCUGGCCCCAGGCACUGCUGGGCUCUGUGCUGGGCAAGACAUCCGGACCUGCGGUGCCAGCUGGAAACUGCUGCCCAUGGACAUGGGGGCAAACCCGGCUAACGGGGCCAGGCUGCCAACUGGAAACAGCCCUUAGCUGUGUCAGCUCCCCUCCGCCAGGCUCCCAACCCCCACUCCAUCUAACCACUAGCCUGCAGGGCAGCUGGGCGCGGGGGGCUCUGGGCUGCCACAGGACACGGUCUGAGCCCCUGCAGUGGUACCUGGCUGAAUUAAUCUGGAGGGAGGCUCUGCUCGCAGGGCGUGCAGCGGGGUGACCUCUGCAUCUUGCCUUUCUUGGGUGCGCGCUGCAAAGCAAUUCCAUCCCAAUCCUAACUGUGGGGCCGCGCCCCCUCCCCAGCUUAGCGCUGUAAUUUUCAUUAGAGGGGAAGUAUUAUUGCAGUGACUCCUUAAGAUCUUUGCAAUACCAUCCAAUAUCCUAAAUGCAGGUCUGUGCCGCGGGCUGGCAGCGCGGGGCUGCCGCCCGGUCCUGCAUAUCACAAUCAGCGGUAAUACCAACUAAUCUUUCCAAACAAUACCUUAAUCUCAGGCUGUAUUUGCAAAUGAUUGUGGCCGGGCCCCGCCACGGACUUUAUCUACAUGACCUAAUCCCGGCGCUAUGUAACAUUUCCAGGUUACAAAAUAGAUUUGCACAUAUCAGAAAUAUUAAAGCGUGUUUUUAGAAGGAGCUUAGCAGCCAUCAGAACAUUAAUCAACAUUGUUAGCUCCUGGCCCACUGCCCGCUGCUAGCCCCUCCCUGGCCAAGCUGGGCCACCGGGAGCUGCAGCGGAGGGGGGGGGGCUCCCAGCUCUGGGGAGACGGUGUCAAGGCUCAGGCCUGCCCCAGUGCGGCAGGUGCUGGUUCCCCCGCUCAGCAGUACAUCCAGCCUGCUGUGUGGAGCGGCCUGCAGGGCAGGGUUCCCUUCCAGCCCCCACCGCUGUAGCCCUGGCAGCAGUAGAACUUGUGCCCGGGAGCCCCCUUCUCUUUGCCUGCCAGUGACUGCAGAGGGGAGCAUGGGAAUCUCUCUGACCCCCUGUAUCUUUGCUGCCCGCAAUAGCUGCAGGGCCCUGCUGUGUCUGGUCCCUGGGCACAGGGGCAGCUGUUUCUGCCAGCCCUCCCCAUGGCUGCUGGGCUGCUCGGUGGCUGGGAUUCUGGCACAGGUUUUCAGCAGCU